UUACAAAUAGCAUAUAUAAAUGCUAUAUUUGUAAAUAGAGGCAACGGCAUGCGUGCAGGCUGCAGCUGUAAGCAAAGCUUCCUCGCGCUACCGACAGCCAGUGGGCAAUGGCGGCCCCCGACAAGAGCAGCAUCCACGUGCUCCUCCUUUCCUUCCCGUCCCAGGGCCACAUAAACCCGCUCCUCCAGCUCGGCAAGCGGCUCGCCGCCCACCGCGGCGUGCGCUGCACCCUCGCCGCGACCCGGUUCGUCCUCGGCCAGAGCAGGGAGCCGCAGACCGGCACCGUCCACGUCGCCGCCUACUCCGACGGCUGCGACACGGGCGGCUACGACGAGGCCGGCGACCCGCAGGAGUACCUCGCGCGGCUCGAGUCGGCUGGGUCGGCGUCGCUGGACGAGCUCCUCCGCGCCGAGUCCGCCCGGGGCCAGCCCGUGCGCGCCGUGGUGUACGACUCGUUCCUGCUCUGGGCUCCGCGCGUGGCGCGCCUGCACGGCGCGGCGUGCGCGGCCUUCUUCACGCAGGCGUGCGCGGUGAACGUGGCGUACGCCCACGCGUUGGCCGGCCGGAUGGACCUACCGGUGGCGCCGGGCGGCAAGGCGGUGCCGGAGCUGCCCGGCCUGUCGACGGGACUCGAGCCGGCCGAUUUCCCGACGUUCCUCACGGAGCCGGACGGCGGCUGCCGCGCCUACCUUGACCUGGUGCUGCAGCAGUGCCAGGGGUACGAGGUGGCAGACCACGUCCUCGUCAACUCGUUCUAUGACCUGGAGAUCGAGGAAGCUGAGUACAUGGCGUCGCGAUGGUGUGCCAAGACGGUCGGACCAACCGUGCCGUCGGCGUACCUCGACAACCGCCUCCCCGACGACGUGUCGCACGGGUUCCACCUCUACACUCCGAUGACGGAGGAAAGCAAGGCCUGGCUCGACGCGAGGCCUGACCACUCCGUCGUGUACGUCUCCUUCGGCAGCCUCGCCGCGCCCGGUGCAGGCCAAAUGGCCGAGGUGGCGGAGGGGCUCUACAACAGUGGCAAGGAUUUCCUGUGGGUUGUCAGGGCCUCGGAGACUUCCAAGAUACCUCAGGGUUUCUCUGACAAGGUGAAGGGGAGGGGGCUCUGUUGGGAUACGAGGUAGGCUACGCUAGCGCAAAACAAAAUUUUCUACCGCGUAUAACCAGGAA